CGGACUUAAGAAAGAUUUGCGCUUAAAUAAAUACUUAUCACGCGUUUAUAAUGUAACACCUUUAACGACGAUGGCGUCCAACGGGAUGGUCGUCAUCGACUUGACUCUUGAUGAGGAUAUCGACCAAAUAAGUAUACAAAACACUCACCAUUCGACACUUAGAGCACCCGACGACAUACUUAAGCCUGCUGUUCUGCUCAAGCAAGAACAACAGCUUAGGAACUCUAGGUUGCGACCACCACUAUUGAACACCCAAAAGCCUUCAGCCAGUCGCGUUCAUCAACCCGAGCGGCGGCUUGUCACAUCUCCGAAUGGCUUCAGAGAACCCCUCGCGAAGCGCCAGCGGACGAAUCCGCCGGUCGAGACUCCGAAUACCGCCGCCCUCGAAAAACAAACUCAUAGCUAUCUCAACGAGCAGUUUUACAGCUAUCUGCGACAGAAGCUGAUGCCCAAGAUCAGUGAGAUUAUCCAACAGCUCAAAGCCAGCUGUAACAACGAGCACGAGCGGAAGUUACACUACACGGUGUUCGACAAGCUUGUGAAGUCAUGCGAGCAAGAAUGGAAGCGUUGCCUUGGGCAGCUCUCGCAAGCGUUCGAAAGUGAGCUACAUGCUUAUGCCCGAAAGCUUGUCCUACAGCUCAAAGACGACCCUAAACAGUUGAUGUUGCCCCCAGCCAGAAGACAGUUGCGCCCGGUCAUCAUUUCCACUGAACAGUCCAGCCCCGCCAGUGACAUAGGCACAGACACGGGCGCGGGCACGGGCACGGGCACGGGCAUAGGCGAAGCAGCUCCGAUACAGCACGGUAGAGCGGUAUCUGAAGACGAGGAAGAGGUGGACGACAUACAAGCGGUUGUAAGCCACGAGGAAAGCACGGAAGACACAAAACAGACCGAAAGCAGCAAGCUAACUAAUAACGAGCCACUUGUCCCUCGAUCGCGCCUACCCGAGAAAGCUUCGCCUGUGUCCCCCCAACGUCUCCGCGCAAGAGCUAUAGCGAAACAAUGGCAAUCAGGCAAAGCAGUCCAAGAGGAGGUUCAUUCGGCCAACACCAACGGAUGGUUCCGUCUGUCUACAAGGCCAUAUCUACCGUGGUAUAAACGCCGGCAUAUUCUUGGAAGAGACCAUCAACUCCAGCUCGAGGACUCGGAAUUGCAACAGCCGUCUAUUAUCCACGUCGACUUCAGCAAAAGUGAGGUUGACUACUUACAGUAUGUCGCCAGAGAACUUUUUGGGUCCAAAAUACAAGUUAGAAGGAACAACGUCGACGACCUGCGCCACCUCCUCAAAAAGGCCAAGAAGAUGAAUAGUCGUCAAGAUAUUCUCAAAGCCCAUGAGAACAAUUACCACAGUUUCAAGGCGCCUCCAGCUGCCUUGCUCACCAGAAGUACGGAGGAUCUAGACAGCUACAUGACAGAUCUACACAACCGCAAACUUCGACCGGGCGUGCCCCAGGUAUUUACUGCUUGGAGAGAAGAGGUGGAGCAGAAUAGUACUGUACCGGUGAGCAGGGCAUCAUCGCUGCUUCUCGCACGCGAGAUCGCUGGGAACAGGGCAUUCGGCUCUCUUCGAUACUACGACAAUUUCGCCACGACGUUCAGGACCUCUCACGAGGACUGUCUCGAACCGCGAAUAGAAUGGACCAAUUGCGCUGGAGAUAUCAUGACCUUGACGUGGAUUUCGGAUACUGGUUUUGUUUGCGGUACUACGACGCAUUCGGACUCACAUAAUCAACAGUACAACAAGCCUGGAAAUCUCCUUCUUGGAUCGGCCAAGGGCACGCUACAGGCUCUUCCACAUCACCGCAUCCCCCGGCCUAUCGUGGCUAAUGGCGAAAAUGCACUUGAUUCCAUGGUGGAGAGCCAGGAUCCGUGGCUAUUCACUUCGGUAGUGGACUCUGAUUAUGACCCAGUUCAAAAGCGAGCUUAUACUGCGAGCUUUGACAACAGAGUAUUAGUUUGGAAAAUCGAAGAGGACAAUACCAUGAAAGCACUCGAUGCCUGGGAGCAUAGCGGCCGCGUCAACUUCGUGUUGGCAUCGAAGCAUCCUUCGGGUCUAGUCGCCACUGCAGCAGAUGUCCAUACCGAUGCAGUGCGCGUCUAUCAUCGAAGUGGACAUUAUGACACGUACUCUUGUACUAAGAUCCACGAUCAGGAAUACGUACCGUCCGAGAAAUGGGCAUACUGUCCAGCAGCAAUUCGUUGGGGUUCAGCACCGGAUACAUAUCACUUGCUGCUUAUCGGUUAUUCUCCUCGCAGCCUAUCGGGCGACGAACGCGACGUUCCGGAAGAUAAAUGGCACACAGGUGAACUAUGUCUUUGGGACACGCUCAAGAAAGUGCAGAUCAAGGUCAACAGCGUGGCAACACAGAACGUUUUCGAGGUUGUAUGGCAUCCAUCAAAAAAUAGCUUUGCAGUGGCGACCUCAAAGGCGACGUCGCUUGAAAGGGCCGACAACAAUGUCAAGACACAAAUUCGUAUCUUCGAGCUGAACGAGGACAAACAGUAUGGCGCGAUCAAGACGCUAGACUGCCCAGCGAUCGAUAUCAACGAGUUGAUACUACGUCCCAAUAGUCUAGUCUACUCUUAUGUUGCUGCUGGUUGUACCGAUGGCAAUGUCUAUAUAUGGGACACCGCUGGAAGCGAUCUACCUAUGUGCGUUCUGCAACACGGUGAGCCUGUAGAAGAAUUCCUCGGAGAAAAAGAAGAAGAGGACGUUGGCGUCAAGUUCGUCGCAUGGGGCACGACUGCUGAUCGGCUUUAUACUGGGUCCUCGGACGGUGUUGUGAAAGUUUGGAAUAUCCGCCAUGGCAAAUCCGUACAUCUCAGAGAUCUGAUCGAAGUGCCGGGGCCGAUCACUGCUGGAGCCUUCUCGCCAGACCACACCAAAUUGGUCAUUGGUGAUGGCAGUGGCCGGGUGUAUCUACUAAGCGUGGAUGAUGCGGAAGAAGAUAAGCCAUCCGCCAACAGCUCCGGUGUCGUUAAGAUGCAGGUGCAAGGCAAACAGAAGGCUAUUCGCCGCCCGCGACUUUUCAUGCCUCACCCAGAGGUUCCACCACUAGAUGGCUACUCAAAGUCUAGCCUAGGUGUAGGGCAGGAGAAAGCUAGGGGAUUCCUGCAUCGCGGGGAGAUCAUCCUGCAUCCGCAUCAAUGCAUCGGCGCGAUCCAGGGACCAAAUUACGCGAAUACCCAGAUGUUCCGGAGCGAAGCCCACCUUUAUGGCGAAGGUGGACAACCACUCUUGGCGCAGUUUGAAAGAUAUCAGCAAGAGAACACUAGGUUUCCAUCAAGUCGUGGGAUUUCGCGUCUACAAGAUUUUACCGAAGUCGGGCCUCGCAGUAAUGGAAUGAUCGGCGCCCAGGAUCGACGGGCACAACGCCAGGGCAAAGAAUUCGAUGAUGACACACGGGCAGCACUCGAGGCUGAAAGGGCUGAGAUCGAUUCAGACUAUGAUUUUGAGUACGAAUCCAGCUAUGAUGAUGCGAGUGGGGAAGAUGAGAUGGUUUGAUUAACCUACAGAGGCUAUUGCAUGCAUCAGAGGAAUGACCGGUCUUGCGACGCAGAGUCUCCACAAUUUGGCUCUGGCAUCUCCAAAGAUCGUCGGUAUAGAAAUCGAUAUGUACUAUAAAAUGUGCAGAGAAAGUUUGCUGUAGAUGGAUACCAGUACCUCACAAUAGUAGCCGAAGGAAUGUCGACUGGCUGUGCCAGAAUUGUAGAUGACAGCCUUUCAGACCACUGCAUAGGAAGCCAGUUAGUCCUCCUUGAGUAAGUGACGCAAAUCGGAAACCUUGCGUGUAGGGCUAUCAAGCAACGAAGUUCGUUCACUUUAAGACAUUUCUGUAUGAGUUCUAGCUCUCCCCGCGAACCAAGAGUCUUGAUGUAUCUGGUAAACCGGGCAUCAUGCUCUUCCUUUGCCCGUGGAGGCGCGGGUAGAG